AUGGUCAUAUUAGCAAAGACUUGGAAAUGUCUAAAAGUCCAUCGAAAAGUGAGUAAAAAAUCAUCAGGGUGUAACCUUGGAAGCUUCUUUGAGAUAAAUACUAACGUUUUUCCAGACCUUGCUCAUGUUCCUUGUAAGUUUUAUAGACAAGGUGCUUGUCAAGCUGGUGAUUCAUGUCCAUUUUCUCAUACACAAGAUUCAAAUUUAGAUACUGCUCCAUGUAAAUAUUUUAGCAAGGGGAAUUGUAAAUUUGGUUUAAAAUGUGCAUUAGCUCAUAUCUUACCUGAUGGAAGAAGAGUUAAUCCAAAGAGUUUGGCUCAGGUUUAUCAAAGUCAACAAGCUCAGCAACAACAAGCUCAACAACAAGCUCAGCAACAAGUUCAACAACAAACUCAAAAUGUUCAAAAUGUUAAUCAAGGUAUUAUUUCACCACCAAAUGGAUUCAUCACUCCAGGUUCAAGUAUUCCAAUUUCAAAUGGUUUUAAUGGUGGUAAUUCUAAUGGUUUCAAUCAAUUUGUUGGAUCUCAAUCUCAAUCAAUGAAUAUUAUAUCACCAACUCAACAAACAACAAAUUAUAAUUUCAAUACUUCUUCUUCAUUCGAUCAUCAAUCACCUAUUCAAUAUCAUACAAGAUCAUAUACUUCAACUUCACCUUUCCAAAAUUCGAUUUGGUCUCAACCACAAACUAAUGGUAAUGGUAUAAAUGGUAUUGAAACUAAAUUUAGAUCAUUUAGUCAUUCACAAAUUGGUAAUGUAUCAACAAGACCUUUAUUCACAGAACCAAUCAAUGAAAGUGCAAUAUUAGAUGAUGAUGAUGAAGAUGAUGAUCAAUCUAUAGAUGUUUUUGAAGAAGAUUUUGUUCCUUCAAGUCUUAGUGAUUUAUUAACUCCUCAAGAAUUGAAAAGACGUGGUUCAAGACCAAGUUCUUCAAAUGUUAGACCUCAAUUUAAUCAACAUAAUUCUGGAAUUAAUAAUAAUUUAGGUCAUAAUGAUGAAGAAGAAAUGCAAUUUAGAUUAGAAGAAGAUUGGUUGCAUUCAUAA